AUGCAGGUUAUUAGUGAUGAGCGUUCACUUUGGAUGUACACUCUGCUGUUUACUUCUCUACAACUUUGGGCAAGACUUUCAGCUUCCACUUCCUCUCCGUCCCUUCCAGCACCUACACUUGACAUCCAUUCGAGAACAAGAGACUCUGUGGACCUGAUUUGCAAGGCUCCAGGGGGCUACACUGGGGUUCAGUUCAUGCUGUACCAAUACAAGGACAAGGUUGACUCCCAGGAGCCGCUGUCUGGUGCCCAGCAAGCUAUCUUCAACAUCAGGGUAAAGGAAGGGGACCCACAUGAACUUUUCUGCUGUCUGUACAUGGACCAGCAGCACCGUUAUAGUAUGUUCAGUCCCUAUUUGCCGAUAGAGAACCUACAAGCUGCAACCCCUACUCGCUCCAUACCCUCUGUUCCCCCUCCAAGCCUGUCUGUGGAGCCUUCUGCUGGUGUGGUAAAACGUGGAGACAUGCUGUCCUUCAGCUGCUCUGUCCCUGCUACCAUACCCCAAUCUCAGUCCAGCUCUAAGAACAAACAAGUGUCCUUCUUUUUGCUGAAAACCACUAAGGGAACAGGGACAACAUCCAUCAUCUACCAGUCUCAGGCCGGCCUGGUGUCAAAUACCAAACCACAGCCAGGAGUCUUCAAUGUAGGGCCAGUGACAGGAGGAGACAGUGGCAAGUAUACCUGCAUCUACCAGAUCACCAAAAAAAGGGGAUUGGUCAAUUCAACUGUCAGUAACACAGUUCAAGUCACCAUCAAAGACAUGCUGCCAGCGCCCACCCUUGUUCUCCAGCAGCACACAGAAGUUUGGCAUUUGCUUUGUGUAGGGUCCCCUGCAUACCCCGGUGCUGAGUUUUCACUUUACCAGGCAGAUAAUGACUCUCCUGUUGCAAUACACUUAGCUAAAUGGCUCCACCAUAAGGCCACGUUCCCAGUGCCUGUCCAGGACACUUCAGUGGCUUCGUACCAAUGCCAGUACAGUGUCCGUCUAGGAGAGGAAUGGAGCUACUCUGAACGCAGUUACCCUUUGGCUUUAACUGGAGGGGUUCCCCCUCCAACAUCAACAGCUUUGUCAGGUGUAGAUUGGCCUCUUGCACUGGGCUCGUUCUCUGCUGCAGUCUUAUUCCUCAGCUCAGUGGCACUUGUGGUUAAGUUGGCAUGCAGGAAAGGUAACUCUGAAGGUAUUGCUCUGCACAGGCUAGAUAUGUGA